AUGCAAACCCAACCUUCGGGACCGAGUCCUGAUCAGUUCCAAAGUACCCACGCUCGUUGGCGUGCUCUUACACACCGCACUCCUUCAUCCCACUCAUCCUUUCUCUACGGUGUCAAAUCUACCAAGAUCUACUGCCGCCCGACCUGUCCCGCGCGCCUUGCCCGAAGAGCCAACGUUGUCUUCUAUGAUACAGAAGACCAAGCGCGACGCGAUGGCCACCGGCCAUGCAAGAGAUGUCAACCGGAUAAUGCGAGCUUCAUUGGAGAGAGAGAGGAGGUUGUCACAAGGGUUCUAGCGCUUUUGCGGAUCAAGCGGGACGAUCACGGUUUGACAGUGAAGCGAGGUUUGAAGGAGUUAGCAGAAGAGGUCGGUGUGACGCCGAGUUAUCUUUGCCGCGUGUUCAAGAGGUCGAUGGGGCUUACGCUAGGAGCGUACAUGAUAGAGUUUGAGAGAGAGGUAAACGAGGGUAAGACAGAGAGAGAGGUACAAUCUCCCAGCACAGUUGGAUCUGGUAUGGGUGACGCUGCGACGGGACUGUGGACGCCAGCAACAACGGCAGGAAGCUUGACGGCACCCAUCGAGGGUCCAAAGGAGUUGGCGGAGCCGCAAAUGGAAAAUAUCCCAGAGGCUCUGGACUUGAACUUCGAUUUUGACGAGUGGUUCUGA